UUUUUUUUUCACUUUAUGGCAAGGAAGGAGAUGGGGAGAUGGUCGUUACAUGUCUCAGUGGGGCUUGGGCUUCUAGCCCUCUUAUUGACCUGCUGUUAUGCUGAAGUGAACUACUGCUACGCCUCCAGGGAGAAGACCUGCUCAGAAUGUCUGCAGACUUCGGUAGACUGUGCGUACUGCCCUGAUGAGAUGUAUACCGGCCCUCGCUGUGACAUGGAACGGAACAUAGUUGCCCAAGGCUGCAGUGCUGCGGCAAUAAUCAGAGCUCAAAGCAGUAUGCAGAUAGAAGCGAAUCGACAAAUCAAUAUGAAGCUUCAGCAGUCGCAAGUGUCUCCUCAGCAGAUGAGCAUGAGCUUUCUGCCAGGAGAGCAGAGACUGGUAGAUGUAGAAGUGUUUGCUCCAACCAAAGGUCCUCUGGACCUUUAUAUUCUUAUGGACUUCUCCAACUCCAUGGCUGACGAUUUGGACAACUUGAAGAGGAUGGGCCAGGAGCUAGCUAAGGUGGUGGGGAGUCUGUCAGAAGACUACACUAUUGGCUUCGGAAAGUUUGUGGAUAAAGUGAUCGAGCCACAGACUGACAUGAGACCGUUAAACCUUAAGCAGCCAUGGCCCAACAGCGACCCCCCGUUCUCAUUCAAAAGCGUCAUUAAGCUGACCAACAACUUGGACUUUUUCAACCAGGAGCUCCAGAAGGAGAGAAUAUCCGGCAACCUGGACGCUCCUGAAGGAGGUUUCGAUGCCAUAUUGCAGGCUGCCGUUUGUAAGGAAAAGAUUGGCUGGCGACCCCAAAGCACACAUCUAUUGGUUUUCUCCACCGAGUCAGCCUUUCAUUACGAGGCUGACGGUGCCAACGUGCUCUCGGGCAUUCUGAAACGCAAUGACGAGCUCUGCCACUUGAACGACAAGGACGAGUAUACAGAGGACAUAACCCAGGAUUACCCUUCAAUACCUACACUGGUCCGUCUCCUGCGCAAAAACAACAUCAUUCCCAUCUUUGCUGUCACCGCCCACUCCUUUGACUACUAUAAGAAACUGAAAGAGUAUUUCCCCAUCGCUGAGGUUGGUUUGCUGCAAGAAGACUCCAGCAACAUGCUUGAUCUCCUGGAUACUGCCUUCAAGAAUAUUCAUUCUAAGAUGAGCAUCCAGGCAGAGGAUAGACCCAAGGCUUUCGCAACACAGUUCCUGUCCACCACUGGAAGCGCUGCACAAUAUGGGGCCUUCAAUUUUAAGCCUGGAGAAAUAGGUAAGUUCAAGAUGCUGGUCUCAGCUAACCGAGAGGUCGACAGCGAGCCAGUCUGUCAGCUGGAUCCAGCCCAGAAAGGAGGAAUAAUGAGAAUCAAACCAACAACCUUCAGUGCUGCUGUCAAUGUGAAUGCUUCAGUUUUAUGUCCAACCUGUGACUGUGAGAAGGCCAGAAUCCCAAAUGCACCCAUAUGCCACGGCAAUGGAGACCUGGUGUGUGGGAAGUGUCAUUGCCAUGAAGGCUGGCUGAGUGCAUUCUGUAACUGCUCUGCAAGUGCUGCAUCUCAGGACAGCAGCCAGUGUAUUGCUCCGGGCUCGACCGAAGCAUGUUCAGGUCGAGGUGACUGCACAGACUGUGGAAUGUGUGUGUGCUACAACCCCAAGCGGUUUGAAGGACCCUACUGUCAAUAUGAUAAAACCCAGUGUCAACGGUCUGGAGGAUUCCUUUGCAACGACCGUGGCUCUUGUGUAAUGGGUCGCUGUGUGUGUACGGAGGGCUGGGAGGGCAAUGCUUGUGACUGUUCCAAGAGCAACCAAACCUGUCUAGACACCAAAGGGGGUCUCUGCAAUGGGCGAGGUAAAUGUGUUUGUGGUCGCUGUGAGUGUCCGAGCGGGAUUGAAAUGACUUCAGUCUGUGAGCCAAAUUUUCAGGCCCAACUGGGAGUGUGUGAGUCUACGAGGUAUUGUGUCCAGUGUCAGGCCUGGAAGACAGGAGAGAAGAAAAAGAAGGAGGAGUGUGAUAAGUGUAUUUUCAAAGUCAUCAUGGUGGAUGAACUCAAAGAAAGGAAGAAGGUUCUUGAUUCUUGCAGUUUCCGUGAUGAGGAUGAUGACUGUACGUACCACUACACCGUUCAAAACCCUGAAGAUAAGAAAAUUAAGGACUUGGUGGUUGAGGUGCUCAAAAAGAAAGAUUGUCCAGCGGCUAGCCUCCUGUGGUUGCUCCCUCUCCUCUUGUUCCUCUUGUUGCUGCUGGCACUUUUGCUGCUCUGCUGUUGGAAAUACUGUGCCUGCUGCAAAUCGUGCUUCCAGCGCUGCCUUGCCUGGCUGCCUUGCUGUAGACGAGGACGCAUGGUUGGCUUCAAGGAAGACGAGUAUUUGCUCCAUCAAUCUCGGCUCACCUCAGACCAUCUGGACACACCGAUGGUGAGGACCGGCCCACCCAAGGGGACUGAUGUGGUUCGCUGGAAGGUAACCGAUAACGUACACAGAGGACCCAAUCAUCCCCAGGCUCUGAUAAAGCCCAACCCGAAAGAGAUAAUCCAGUACCCCAUCUCCCUCCGACUAAACAGGUUGUUCUCUGAGAACCUGUCUCGCCCCGAAUCCAGGGAUGCUGAACAGCUGCGUAAAGAAGUGUCCGAUAACCUGAAUGAAGUGUACAAGCAGAUUCCAGGUGCACAGAAGGUGCAAAAGACCUCCUUCAGAUUGCAGAGAAAUGCUGGAAAGAGGCAGGACUACGCCAUCAUGGACACCAUCUUACCUGCUCCCCGUGGCAACUACCCGGAUAUUGUCAAACUUACAGAGAAAAACGUCCAGUCGGGAAACUUAAGUGAUCUGAAAGUUGUGCCUGGCUACUUCACUGUGGCAACAGACAGAGAGGCUGCGGGAGCCGUAGAGUUCCAAGAAGGUGUGGAGUCAUUAGACGUUCACGUUCCCCUCUUCGCCAAGGAAGAAGAUGAUGACAAGAAACAGCUGCUGGUCGAGGCCAAGGAUGUGCCACUGGGCAUUGCUGAGAUUGGAAAACGUUUGGUUAACAUCACCAUCAUCAAAGAGCAUGCCUCCAGUGUCUUUUCGUUCCUCCAGCCUGCGUACACUUACAACAGGAAGGAUGGUGUGGCCAACAUCCCAAUCAGCAGAGAGAUUAUAGAUGAUGUGCGCACCCAGGUCACUUACCGUACACGAGACCUCACAGCCAAGGACAAGAGGGACUAUAUGACUGUGGAAGGAGACCUGACUUACCUUCCUGGUGAGACCCAGAAAACAGUGCCUGUUCGACUGCUAGAGGUGGGAGAGAAAAAUGUCCUCCUGGAAGACAAACCGGUCAAGCAGUUUGUCAUGGAUCUCAGUAACCCACGUCAGGGUGCAAAGUUGGGACGCUACCCUCGAACUACUGUCACUAUUGCGGACCAACCAGAACCAACUGUGAUGAUGUUCAAAAAGGGCAGCCAGAACUUCUCCACAUCUGACCCAACCUACACCAUCCCUGUGGUCCGCACUCACAACCAGGACAGCCCUGCCACAGUGAAAUGGCGCACCAAGAAGGCUCAGCGCUUCGACCUAUCAGGCCCACUUAAGUUUGGUCCAGGAGAGACAGAGAAGAACAUAGUGAUCGACCCGGGGUCCCACCCUGGAACGAUCAAACCAGAGACCUUCCAACUGGAGCUGUUUGACCCAAGUAGCGGUGCUACUGUCGGAGAAAGAAAGACCACACUUGUCAAUGUAGCCGAUGGAGCUCCAAAAUCUCCAGAAUUUUCCCAGAUGCAGCAGAAGGGCUACAUCAAUAAAUCCUCUUCCCCAGCGAACCUUAAAGCCUCCUCCCCGGCAAACCCUAAAGCCACAGCAACUGGACCUAGAGGCAUCCGCCUGAAAUGGGACCCACCACCCGGUAACCCCACGGGCUACAAGGUUAAAUAUUGGAUCUAUGGUGACCCAGAGAAAGAUGCCAAGGUGAUGGAUGUGAAGACUACUCAUGCUGAUUUGACCAACCUGUACCCCUAUUGCGACUAUGAGAUGCGAGUGUGCGCCUACAAUGCAAUGGGAGACAGCAACGAUACAGACAUUGUUUCCUGUCAAACAAUGGAGGACGUUCCUGGUGAACCUGGACGUCUCGCCUUCAAUGUCAUCAGUCCAACUGUCACUCAAAUUAGCUGGGCAGAGCCCGCAGAGACCAAUGGCAAUAUUACUGCUUAUGAGGUCAUCUACACACCCAUCGAUGAUGACACGAAGCCAGUGGGUGCUGCUAAGAAAGUAAAGAUUGACAACCCCAAGAAGAGAAUGAUGCUGAUCGAGAACCUCCAGAAUGCCCAGACCUACCAGUACAAAGUACGAGCAAAGAACAGUGUGGGCUGGGGCCCCUUCAGAGAUGCCACCAUUAACCUGGCAUCGCAGCCUGCCAGACCACUGUCCAUUCCCAUCAUUCCAGAUAUCCCUAUUGUGGAUGCAGAGGCAGGAGACGAGUAUGACAGUUACUUGAUGUACAGCAAUGAGGUGCUGAAGUCGCCUACAGGCUCCAAGACACCCAGCAUCUCUGGUGAUGAUUACACGAUGAACGCGAAGUGGGACCAAAACUUCCUUUUCCCAGGCGGAUCAGGGACACGCAACUUGUCUGCAUCGUCCUCUCCGAUGUCUACGUUGAGCUCAAACUAUAAAGUAGGAGGAGGCACCUAUACCACAGAAUCAAGUACCACCUACAUGACAGGACCAGGAGGUACUCGUAGGCAGGAAAUGAUCAUCGGAGGAGGAGGAGGAGGUGGAGUAGGAGGAGGCACCUAUACCACCGAAACAAGUACCACCUACAUGACUGGACCAGGAGGUACUCGUAGGCAGGAAAUGCUCAUCGGCGGAGGAGGAGUUCACACAUCAGAAGUCAUCAUGAGGAAGCGUUCAGAGAACAGGGGCUACACAGAUGAAAACAUCCGGGACUCUAUCGUCAUGGGAGAUUUGUCAGGCACGUUCCAAAGCCCUGCGCCAUCAGGUGGGUUCGGCUACACUGGGAUGCAGAGCAGCUCUCAGAGCCAGUUCAGCUACAGCCUGUCUCAGGGUUCGAGGGCCAGGACUCCGUCAUCAGAUGUCAAUGAAGCUCUAUAUAAUCUGGACAGAGUGCUCCAGGAUGCACGACUUUCUCCAGGUGUUCCAGACACCCCCAGCAGACUGGUGUUCUCUGCUCUGGGUCCCACCGCCCUGAAGGUCAGCUGGCAGGAGCCUCACUGCGAGAAGGACAUCCUGAGCUACAGUGUUAUCUACCAGCUGCUCAACGGAGGUGAGGCGAAUCGUGUCGAUGUGACAAACCCAGAAGAGAACUCAGUGAUCAUCCAGGACCUGCUGCCAAAUCACUCCUACCUAUUUAAGGUAAAGGCUCAGAGCCAGGAGGGCUGGGGUCCAGAAAGAGAGGGAGUCAUCACCAUCGAGUCCGCUGUCGACCCCAAGAGUCCUCUCAGCCCCAUGCCAGGCUCACCAUUUACUCUGAGCACCCCCAGUGCACCGGGCCCCCUUGUCUUCACUGCUCUGAGUCCUGAUUCGCUGCAGCUCAGCUGGGAGAAGCCUCGUAAACCCAACGGAGACAUCCUGGGAUAUGUAGUCACCUGUGAACAGCUGCACGGUGGAGGAGAUGUUCGCACCUUCCAGGUGAAUGGAGACAGUGCUGAUAUCAGUCUGACCGUCCCAAACCUGACUGAGAACAUUCCUUACAAGUUUAAAGUCCAGGCUCGUACCACACAGGGCUUUGGUCCUGAGAGGGAGGGAAUCAUCACUAUUGAGUCUCAGGAUGCAGGAGCAAUGUCUCAGUACAGCAUGCAGUCGAUGCAAAUGAAAGACAUUUCCCAAAUGCCAUUGCAAAGCAAUGACUCCAUGCUGGACUCCUUUUUCUCAGAUGGGAUGAUGAUGACCACACAGCGCACGGAGACCAGCGGCAUGGUGACCCGUCAGGUUACUAAGGAAGUGGUUCAGAGGAGUGUCACGGGAGGAGCCACCGUCACAAAGAAGAUGUUCUAUGAGUCUUAAAAUCGAAAUCAACUGCACCAAAAAUGAAACCCGAAAGGUCCAACAUGACAUGAAAACCUGACAUUCUCUUUUAAAAAGAGUUAGCUUCAGAGUGCUCAUCAUGUGAUCAUUGCAUGUUUUAAUAUAUAUACAUGAGAUUCUGCAACCAAAAAAAAUGAUUUCAUUUAUUAGAUAUUUGUCCUGUCUGUUACAAAAUGUGGCUCCAUACAUGAGGUUUAUUUGAACAUUUACAUUCAUUUUCACUGUUGCUUGUGUUUUGUUUCACUCCUGUUUGUUUGAGCAUGUCCCUUUGUUUAAGACUUCAGUCCCUCUGUAGGUUUAGAGCUGGAAACACUCUCUGGGCUUUAAAUCAGGCCUGCACACACCAGUAAUCUGACUUCGCUUCAGUAAUCCAAAGUGACCUUUCUCUUUGUUUCCAAUCCUCCACCUGUCUGUAAUCGACGUGUGUGUGUGUGUGUGUGUGUGUGUGUGUGUGUGUGUGUGUAACGUGCAGGAGAGAUUGUUUUGAAACGUCUGUGUGCAUCAGCCAAGCGUUUUUAUCCUGAGUGAUCAAGAUUAUAAAAGCAAGCGAAGUGUAUUUGGGAGAUUUGUUCAUAGUUUUGUAUUAUAUUAAAGGUUUUUUUUCAAGCAUAUUUAAUACUUUCUAAGGUUUUUACUCUAGCAGACUGACAUAAGAUUUUAUGCCAAAUAAAGAAACUCAUAAGUCCUUUUAUACUCAAAAAAGAAACACACUGCUUUUGGUAGAUGUUCUUUAUGUUUGCUCACUGUGCAUUGCAUUAUGGGUAGGUUGAUCACCAUUCACCGGUGAGAUCUUGAUAUUUUAUAGAAACAGCAUACAAAGACGGAAAGAUUGUAUUUGCUUCCAUGCAAUUUUCUACUGUAUUAUGGCUCAUCGUGUUUGAGCGGGUAUUUUAGUCAGAAACAUCUGAUGAAGAUGAAUGGAUGAACUUCACACCAAAAACACACAUUUAAGUAUUCUUGUACUUCAGAUCAACGUGUAUCAAUGACUCUUUCUCUGCAUUGUUUCUUCUUCUUUUUUUUGGUUUGUCAAUUCUAUUGCACUUAAUAAAGAUUGAAAAGAA